AUGCGUCUCCGCAACAUCGUGUACUCCUUUUUCUGUUUGGCCCUGGUGGUCGAAUCAGGAAAAACCAAGAAGAAAAAGAAAAUCGACAUUACUCAAGAGAUCUUGGGAUCUGGACCCUCAUCAAGUACUCCAGACUAUCCUGCUGACGGCAUUCAGAUGGGGCCUGCUGUCGGCGUUACAGCACAACAGCUACAAGAUAAAUUUCACGAUGCUGGACAGCAGACACCAUACGCGAUGAACCAUCCAGACCCAGUGGUGCCAGGGACUGCAUAUCCUGAGCCCGCGGGUGAUGGCAUCAGGCAAUCCCUUAAUAUCCCCGCGGGGGGAGUGCCGUACAUGCAUCCCCUUCACCCUGGAGAUCAGCUUCAUGAAGCGAAAAAAAGACUUGAAACACCCGGGACGGUACCGAAUGGUAUAUGA